AUGUCUCCUCCACUCUCUUACGAUUUAGCUAAUCACCCUCCUGCUGACACUAUCAAGAUGCUCACUGGCUUGCUAGAGCGCAUCACAAAAACAAAUGACAAGCUUUACGCUGCAAGUGUAGAAAGUGGUCGUCAUCCUCAUCCGCGUGCAUCAGCCUAUACCUGCUUCCAUGCUAGGUCUAUUCCCAACAUCGACAUCCACUCCUACCUGAAUCGCAUCCUCAAAUAUUGCCCAUGUGCCAAUGAAUGCUUCCUUAGUCUGUUAGUUUACUUUGACCGCAUGUCUCGUAAUUCUUCAGGUCUGCGGAUCGACUCUUAUAAUAUCCAUCGUCUUGUCAUCUCGGGCAUCAUGGUUGCAAGCAAAUUCUUUUCCGAUAUAUUUUUUACAAACUCGCGUUAUGCCAAGGUGGGCGGUCUACCUGUUGCUGAACUGAAUGCACUCGAAGUCGAGUUUCUUCAGCUCAAUGAUUACAACCUUAGCGUAUCAAUUGAAGAGCUGCAGCAAUACGGUGACCAACUACUACAACAUUGUAUGCGAGAAGAAGAACGGCGGAGAGAGGCAGAGUAUCGCCGACGAGAGCUCAAGUUACAAGCCGAAGAAUAA